AUGGAGAUAAGACUAGAAGUUUUGACAUCAACGAGUAUAAAGCAGAAGAAACCCUGGCCACGAAUCUCUUGGUUGGGACAGGAAAAUGAAGCUGUUUUUCUUUUGGAUGAUAAAUUCAUAAAUGAAAUAAAUUUACUAUCAGGAAGGACAAAGAAGAAGAUCCCAGUUCUGCAGCCCUUUCUGAAGGAUGUUAUUAUCCUUACAACAUCUAGUAAUGAUGCUUGGCUGGCUGGAGUACUCACUACAGGAGAACUUUUUCUUUGGAACAAAGAUAAAGAUUGUUUAAAAACUAUACAGGCAGCUGAAGAGCCCAAGGAAAUUAUUAAAACUGCAGCAGCGAGCUCAUUGAGACUGUCUGUAUAUGUAUCUGGAAAUGGUAAGAGAGUUCUGCUUACAACAUCAUCAGGAUGCAUAUUUCUUUGGGAGUAUUUGGAGUCUCAGAACGUUCUCUCUUCUAAAAGCCCUUCCCUGGUGGGUCAGUGGUCCCAGAUCAGACCUGAAGAAACAAUUCUCUUGCCUUCUGCUGAAGACAAAGAAGCUGUCGUACAUGCUAUGUUUAUAAAAAAUGAGUUACUUGGAGAUUGCUGCUUGUGCUCAUUUGCUUUUUAUUCUGGAGAAUGCCUCAAGUUAACGUUUCUGGCAAUUCGGUGGCAUGAGAAUGUACUUACACCUAUAAGAUCAUUGCCGUAUCGUGUUCAUUGGGCUCAGCAAGACUGUUUGCUCUGUGAUCUGGUUCCUAAAUGUCAAUCAGUGAAAUCAAGGGGGGCUCUGAUUUCUGCCUUUUCAAGUGAUGGCCUUAUCUUGGGAGUAACUCUUAAUCAGAAAGACCCAAAGGCAACUCAGGUAUUAUUUAUAAACACACUGAAUUUUGUUACCCUCUCUGGUAGUCUUAAAGGAUGUAGUAACAAGAAUCCUGUUGUUCCAGCUACACUUAUCAGGUCCUACUGGGUAGGUGAUAUCAGCUGGACACAUGAUAAUCUUUUUCUGACUUGCAUGUUAAAACGUGGCUCCCUGGUUUUAUUGACUUGCCAGGGUGAAUUGCUAACAUUAGUUACAUGUGGCUGCUCUAUAGAAUUUGGGCCAGCAGAAUUUAUUCCUCUUCAUCCAUUAAUAACCUGUAGAUCACAGCUGUUUACAUUUCAAGAUUCAAAUAAUUCUGUAGACUCGUCAGCUUCUGAUAGUGACCCUUCAAGACAGAGGUUUUCUGUAAAGGCUCACUCCCGGUUGCCCUACCUCAUUGUUUCGGAUGGGUACAUGGUCACAACCCUGCGGUUUCUUGAUAAUCUCUCCCCGUCAAUGCUCAUGAAAUCCCUACUACUAGAUUCAACUCAGAGGCUUGAGAAAACAUACCAAAGUGUGAUAGCAUCUAAGCCAACAAGCAAAGGACUGAACUUGCAAUCACUGGAUUCCCUGAGGGCGAGUCUUUUGAGGCACCGAGACAAUGAAAGUGCCCUUGCUUCUUCUGUCCCCAGAUUCUUGUGGGCAGAGCAAACACUGGAUGUAAUUUUUGCCAUGAUACAGGAUUUUGAUGCAGAAGAACCUCAUGAAAGCGAACACAUCACCAACAACUCCUUCCCUUUUCAGAAUUCAAAAAAUGAUCCGCUAUUUAGUAGCAUCAAGGAGGGGAGAUUGGAAUUUGCAUCUAUGUUUGACACAAUACAUGCGAAAGAUGACAGCGAGGAGAUGGAUCAGACCAUUUCAGAACUACGUUCUAUCCAGAAAAAUCUUCUUGCAGCCUGGAGUAUAGGAAUUUCAAAAAACGUGAUGGAAAAAAAUGUAAUGUUAAAUUACACAGUAGUUUGUAUCACUCAUUUUUUCUACAUUCUUCAGUUUGUAAAAUGUCCUUUCCCUGAACUAGAUACAUGUUUAGGCAAGAGCUCAAGGAACAAUGCGUGGAUGCUUUGUAUCUUUCAACUUUUCCAUCAAUGUUUGUCAGUCCAGUAUUGGGAUACGAGAUACAAACAGGAUCUGGGACAUUUGGUAAAACUGACUUCCCACACUAUAAAACUUCUGUUGAUUCAGCAACAGCAGGAUCAGUUAUUCUCAGAGAAGCUUUUGGCCUGUUUUUAUUUGCUCAAAAUGGUAGCUUCCAGUUUAAAUGGCAUUUAUCACCUUCAACCAGAGAUGAUUUCUGCAUCAACUGAUGGAAGUAGAAUAGCAAAUCAAAACUCACUGGUCGUACCGCUUUUUCAAAUAUUUCAAAACUAUGGUUCUCAGAAAAAGUGGUCUUGGAAGUCAUCUUUGAAGAUACAGCCUCAAAUAGUAAAUCUUGUUCAUCAACCAGGCCACAGAUUGGUUAUUCUAUGGAGAGUACUAUACAGAAAGACGUUAUGGUAUCAAGCACAGUUAAGCCAGAGAGUUCUUAAAAGUGACCAACUGCUCAUGGAAAAGGUGACCCAGGAAGUAUCUACUGUCAAGUCCCUGUUAUGUCAUAUACAGGCUAAUAUACAAGCUGCUGGAGAUGACUUGAACCAGACCUUAGAACUGAAAUCUGUAAACGGUGAAGAGUUUUUUCUCUUAGGAGCAUAUGAAAAAUCUAUUCAACUAUGGAAGAACGCUCUAGAAGAAACUUCAGAGAAAGGAGGGAGAAGGACAUGCUUUCUUCAGAUACGCUAUUACCUUUCUCUCUUAUACUGCCACCUCUAUAACUAUAAUUUGAAUGAUGCCCAGGGUUUGUGUGAUCAGCUGGUGAGAGAACUGCUGAGAUGGUCCCACCUACCUGUGACAGGAAACGGAGAUUGUUCAGUUCCGGAGAAAUCUCUCUGCACGAUUGGAAGGAUUGGAAGAGCUCAUCCCGAGGCGGCUGUGAGGGUUAUCCAGUCCAUGGCCCGGUUUAUGGCUGCCUAUUUUACCAACCAGCUGCUGUGCAUUGUGCCACCUCACAGUGUGAACGUUCUUCCCCCACUUCAUAUUAAAACAGAGCAAUCUUUUCGACUUAUUCCUCUCCAACACUCUAAGGUGGCCAGUGUUAUUAGAGAGCAGAGUCUGUCUAACGUGUGGACAGUGGAAUAUGCACUGGAAUUACUGUUUAUUAGUGGCCUGGUUCCAGAGGCUGUGUGGUUGGCACAUAGACUUGGAGACUGGAAGACAUCUGUUUCAAUAGGUGUGGCCCUCCAGCUGUUUUAUAAACAUGAUAGCACUUCUACAAGGUCCAAGAAAAAGGGUCUGAAGCUACCAUUAAAUUUGACUCCAGCACAGAUUUUCCAAGAAAAACUUCAAUGUUUUUUAGGUCAGCCAGCCUCUUUGGAAGCAAAAAAAGAAAUCAGUUCAAAAUACAAACAAUUUACAGAUCCCAUUGAGGAGGAAGAUGCAAACCUUCUCUUUGGUUCAGUGCAAGAGGUACUGAAAGCAGCAGUUAUGGCUGAUGCAGAUAUUCUUUCGGACACAUUGCAGCUGCUGGUUGACUCUGCCAAGGACUUCAGUAAGAAGCUGUGGGGCUUAGUGCCGGCAGGCUUGUACCUUCCAGCUCCUCCAUUGUAUUGUCCUCAACCAGCAGUUCUUAGUGAAGAAGAUGGUGAUGAUUUUCUUGUAAAAGCUGAAAAAGGUUAUCGGCAAAAGGUGUCUGGGAUCCUUCAGCGCAUUCUCUUGCUUUUCCGGGCAGCUCGGUGCUCUUUUCCGGCUGCACAGUGGUACAUUUUGCGGUUGAGGUGGGCACGGAAAGUCAUGCAGAAGAUUCGAAUGAGAGGGUCCCUUCCUUCCUUGAGUCCUUUCCCUGAGUCAUUACUGGAUUACUGUAGAGGCGGGGUAGCAUUCUUCAGACCUGGAGCAGCUGGAGACCAAAAGCUCGAUGAAGCUUCUUGUAAAGCAAUAGGUUGCUUCAGAGAACUUUGUGCUUUGUGUUGGAUGCUGCAUAUCCGUGAAAAGUUAUCCUAUUGUUGCAGGCAAUAUCAGAAAGCAAGAGAAAAUGUGGGGGGGACAAAGGACUUUGAAGUAGAGUUUGAUUCUUGUUUGAUUGAGCACUGUCUUAAUGCCGUGGAAUGGGCUUAUAGAAUGCUGCCUUUCUCUCGAUUUUUGAAUAUUGAAGAACUUAUUCAGGAUAUAAUUUUAAGUCUCAUUGGAGAACUGCCACCAAUCAGAAAGGUAGCAGAAAUUUUUGUGAAAGCAUUUCCCAGUCCUGAGGACAUAAGGGUUCCUUUAAGAGAAAAAUACCAUUCUCUUCAACAGAGACUCAGACACAGUGUCGUGAAAGGUCCCCAGACUGAAGAAAUGAUGUCUGUUACGAUGCAUUCUAUCCAUAAAGUGAGGGUAAAAGCACUAAAGCGUGUGUGCAGAAAUAUAGGUUCUUUUGAGACAAAUAUAUGGGAACCAGUUGAAGAAGACAAACCAGAUGAUGCUCCAGUUUUUGACACAUUUUCCCUGGGGACUAGUCUGAGCAGGAGUACACUCUCAGAAGUGGGGAGUUCUCUGGUUCGCAGUGAUGCAGAUACAGCAGAUACUUUGUCUGAAGCUUUGUCGGUGGAAGAAAAAAACAGGAUACUUAUCUGUCCAAGAAACAUACCACAUCAUAUGGAAUUAACAUCUGUUGGUAAGCCCAUUGUAAAACAGAAAGCAGAUGAUCAGAAAGAAAACUCAGAAAGAAAAGAAGAACCUGAAAAGUCAUCACAAAAUGCAGUUCCUGUAAUAGGUGUUUGGGAAUUUGAACGUGAUGAUGAUGAAUAUAUUAAGUUCCUUGAACUCUUCUUGAGUUAUGUUCUUGAAAAGGACCUACUUAUCUCAGGCCAUCCUGGUAUUCCAUUUCUAACCAGUUUUUCUUCACAUCUCAGAGAACAUGAACUUAAUUCUUUAGUUUUUGAUGUGCAUACAACUUUAAAACGACGUCAGGGCAAAAACACAAGCCAGAAUGUGUUCCGAGCUGGCUCUUGCUUUCUUAUUGCUCCUGAGUCACGUGAAUCUGAAAACUCCUCUUUCAACAAAGAGAGUGACGCUCAUGUGGAAAACCAGGCACUUUCUGCUUCUGUAGUGCUUACUCAAGACGUAAGACCUUUUGUAGAGAACCCGUUGAAUGAAGUCAAUAAAAAUGAAACAAAAAGCGGAUUGUUUGGUGUAAAACAAAAAUCUCUUUACAGAAUGCAAAAUGGUGAUCAAGAGAAACCUUUAGUAUGCAGAUUGCCAACCCAUGUGUUUUGGACUCCCAAUUCCAUUAAAACUCAAAGACAUAUUUUCAAAGUAAUUCAAAACAGAGACCUUAGUCCUCAAAAAGAUCCUCCUUUAGAGUUCACUGACACAUUUGGCAGUAUAGGAAGGCUGGUGGAAUGGAUGAUAAGAUGGUCUGAGAGAAGACUGCUCUGUGAUCCUAGUACCACCGAGUCACCCUGGGAGUACAGCCCAGUAAUCCGAGUGAAGACCUCUGCGGCCGCUAUCCUUACAUCAUUAUGGCUUUCAAGACAACCCUACUUUGCUGUAUACAAAGCAGAACAUCCCCUUGAUAAGGCUCUAGAAAAUCAUUACUUGAGGUCUCAGACAGUACCUGAUUCUAAUCAGGGCAAGACAGAAGAUGACUAUUCAGUUGCUGUAACAGCUCAAGGUGGGGCUGAAGAAAGAAAUUAUCACAAUGAACCUUGCCAGAGUAUCUUAGGAGUGCCAGCUAACACAAAAAAACUUGAAGUGAAAGAAAUCAAUGAGGAGAUUACUUCUGUCACUCAUGAUUCUGAAAAAGAAUUUAGAACUAUUGAUGGGGCUCUUUUAGAGGAUGUAGGUAUAUUGACAGAGGAGGAAAUGGAUAUGCACAUUUCAGACUGUGAAGAAAAUAGCAAAGAACCCAUUGAAAAUCUCAAAAAUCCUGAUAAUACUGUUAACAUGCAAACUUUACUACAACAUUCAGAAGAAUGUCAGCAUUCCACUGGGGAGGUUCAGUGUUUAAGAGAAGAACUAAUGAAGCCAUAUACAGAGAAAAAUUCAACAGAGAAUAAAAACACACAGGUUUCUGCAUUUAAAGAUGCAUCUACCUCUGUUCCACCUUUACUCUCAAAUGGAGUCAAUGCUGCUUCACAAACACCUGUUUUGUCACCUCGGAAGACCCAGAGAAAUGAAACCACAGCUCAACUGCCAGAUUCUUCGGAUUCUAUCAGGCAGAUGCUCCAAGAUGAAAUGUUUAAGUUGGUUCAGCUGCAGCAGAUUAACUUCAUGAGCCUAAUGCAAGUCGUAGGAUCAUCUUUUGCCAACCUCCCCAAUAUUCAUCAACUUGUACAACAGUCUCAGUCUCAGUCUGUGCAUCUGGUGGGAAGCCAAUUAUCAAACCCUUUAGGAGGAAGUGGUGAUGUUGAAGACACCAGUGGAAAUCUUAAGGAGAGAUUUUUCAUUAAACCACAACCCAUGAGAGACUGCACCAGACAGUCUGACAAGAACAGCCUACCCAGCUGUAAAGGAGUGGAAUCUUCAGAUCAAAAGAGUAAUGAAAAUGUACAGGUAAUGAAUAUAAAAAAUAUCAAUGUUCCUUUAUGUCAUUUAGAGGGCCAACUCCAGAAUAAAGGAUUAACUCCAACAUCACAAAGCUCACCUAUUUUAUUAUCUCCAGCCCCUGCUGUGAAUACUCAGCUCCACCUUUUGUCCACAACUUCAGUCACUCAGAAGACACCUAAACUGAUUCCAGUUGCAAAACCUUUCAAUUCUGGUAAUGGUUUUCCUUUGCUUCAGUUUCAACCAAAGCAUGGAUUCAAGUCAUUUUCCUUACCUCCUGGAAAAGUUCCAGAAGUUCCCUGCAGGCUUCUGCCACAACCACGAGAGGCCUGGGAAUUAUCUUCCCCUGUCCAGUCUCUUUUGCCUCAGAGAGGAAUACAUACUCCUUCGGUCUCUCACUUGAAUUUGAGCCAGUAUGAUACUGAAGCCAUUAAAAAAACACUUGAGCAGAAAAAAUGGGAAGAAGCUGUAAGUAGAGAAAUCCCUACACAUUUGAACUUGGAUCAGUAUGUUGCAUCAGAAAAGUUUAUACCACAACAGGACUCUUCAGUAUGUAUAAAACCUGAGAAACUGUGUGGGGUUAAGCAAGGGCCCCUUGAGAUACCUCCGCAGAAUUCCUUUGGACUUCCAUUAUUGCACCUGCAACUUAAACCUCCCUAUAUGUUUUCAUCUGCCUUGGGAGCAUCCGUUCCAGUUCCUUCAGUGCCUGUCAGAACAGCAGUACAAGAAAGAAAAUACUCAGGACUAUCAUUACUUCAUUCGUGUCUGCUCACAGGAAAUACGUAUAAUAAACCACAGCUCAUCCCACUUGAAAACCUCAUUGCAUUUAAACAAAACCAGCAAAGACUGACACCUCACUUACUUGAACAAGGUGAUCCUGGACAAAUUCAGCUUCUAAAUGUCAAACUAGAUCCGUCUAAAAUAAGACAAGAAAAGGCCAGUAAAAAAAGGCAAAAAAGAAGAGCUGAGAAAGAGCUGCAAGAAAAAAGUUCAGAGAAACCAAAGGAAAAACCCAGUGUGUCUUUCCAACCGGAGGAAGCUGCCAUUAAAGAGAAUGAUUUAGAGAUUGUCCCCAAACCCAAGGAGCAGCAAGAACAUUCCUGUUCCCAGCCUUUGGAUGGCUUUGAAAUUCCUUUUGAAACGCUCUACAGUGACAUUACUUCAGCUGGAUUGCAUUUCAUGGCUUCUGUAAUGAAGAAAGCUAUAGCAAGUCAGGAUGCAAGUACAAAUACAGACCCAGUGCAAGACAAGGAAGCUCCUUCUCAAGAAGUGAUUUCUGAGUGUGUUAAAGAUCCUGUCAUUUCUUCUACAUCAGAAUGUGAGCAUUUAGAUAUUCCUCAGAUCUUGACUCAAGAUGGAGGUCUAAGUUUCGAGCUUCCCACUGAAGAAUCCAAGAAACCUUUUUCAGCUUCAAAGGAAGAAUGUUUGGUUGGACACACUUACAUUGAUGUGAUUGACAUUGAAGCUGAUGACCUUCUGCAGGAAUUACCUGCCAGAAAAACGCCUUCAGAUGCUGACACUACCCAGCAGCAGAGCCAUCACCCGGAAGCUCUGACUUCUGCAGAGUUACAUUACAGGGCAGCUUCAGUAACCGGUGUGGUUCCUGUGUGCAAUUUUAAGAGUCAAGAGCUCCCAAAGCCCACAGUGCGAUUCAGAGAACAGAGCUCCAAGUUAGGAGCUUCAGAAGAGCAUCUGCUGUGGAGGCUGCUGCAGGAGUCGCCUGCCGCGGCUCCUGCCACCCUGAGCCCUGCAGCACACAGGCUAGAGCAUCUCACGGCUAAGCUUCAGCACAUUGAUGAACAGCUCCUGGCAAUACAGAGCAUUGCUGGCAACAUCGAGCAGGAUUUCCCGCAGCACAGAAUGGUAGGCUGCAUAUGCCAGCAAAUUGAACCAGUGGAUCACAUUAAAUUAUCUUCAGGCCCUGAAUUGCAGACAGCACUGGCUUCAGAAACCAUCAGCAUCUCUGAAGAAGUGAAUUUCCAGACUCAGAUGGAUAAAGAAGACCAGAGUGAUGAAGACAAGACUUCAGAAGCUGACUUCUCCGUGAAAGAAAAGUACUCUCAUCAGAAAGCAAGCACGUUUCCUUCAGCCGUAUCUGCUCUCAGCCUCUCCACUGACCCGAACACUCUGUCCACUGGUAUGAAUAACAGUGGUGAAUUAUUUGAGAGUGUUUCAGCAGAACCACUGCAGAUGACUGGAUUGACUGAUAUUGCAGACAUUAUUGAUGACCUUAUAACAAAAGAUGGACUUUCCAGUGAAGAACUUGGCUUAACAGAACAUCAGGCUAAGACUAUCUCUAGGAUUCACCACACUUCUGGCAGACGUCCGCAAAGAACUGAGAAGGAGAGAAGAGAGAUCCGCACCUGGAUGAAAAGAAAACAGAAAGAAAGAAUGGCAGAGUACUUAAAUCAGCUUGCAGAAAAGAGAGGGCAAGAGCAUGAUCCUUUCUGUCCCCGGAACCAUCCAUUUUAUAUGACUUCACGGGAAAUCAGGCUAAGACAGAAGAUGAAGCAUGAAAAGGACAGGUUGCUACUCUCUGAUCACUAUAGUCGUAGAAUCUCACAGGCAUACAGUCUGAUGAAUGAACUGUUGUCUGAAUCAGUACCACUACCAGCAGCUGCACAGAAACCAUCGCUGAAGAAACCCCGAGCAUGUCAAGUUUCCAGAUCACAGCGUUCCCCUGGCUCCAACAGAAGGAAUCCACAUGGUCACAAUUGUCCAAUAAACCGACCUGGAAAAGCCAGCUACAUGUCCAAAUCAAGUUAUCCUCCGAAAGGAAAGCAUUUUGGUCAACCUCCAGAUUCAUUGUACCCAAGUGGAACUACCACUUUCACCAUCCAGAAAAAAGCUGAUGGCAGCAAAGCAGCACAGCGGGCUGCUGGGCACUCUGUGGCUAUUUUUCACAAAGGUUCUCCCGCUCGGUGUCGUAGUCCUCAGCACACAGAAAAACGUGGGCUCACUGGGCGGGUGCCCCUAAGCCAGCAGGGGUGCACAGAGUAUGAGCGAGAGGAGAUGGUAGUGAGCCCGUGGACGCUGCCUCCAGAAAUCCAGGCAAUUCUUCACGGGAGCCGCGAUUCCCUCCUGCAGGGCUUGUCGCCAUCUGAUGAGGACGAGCCGGAGCCCCCCGUCGGGGUGAGUGGCGUGGACAGCGCCUCUGAGAGCACCGGCAGCCUCCUCAGCAAGCUCGACUGGACCGCCAUCGAGGACAUGGUGGCCGGAGUGGAGGAGCGGAGCCCGUCUGUCCAGUGGCCCCUGGGCCUGUAG